AUGGGUUCUGAUUAUAUCAUCAAAAAUGCCACCGUCGUUUCGGUCGACAAAGAUAUUGGCACCGUAUCAAACUGUGACGUUCUGAUAGAAAAAGGCGUCAUUACAGCCGUCGGUCCAGAUCUACAGUAUUCCUCGAAACCCAUCGUUAUCGACGGCACGAAUGCUAUUGUCUCCCCGGGCUUUAUUGACACUCAUCGACAUACUUGGCAGACGCAACUGAGGACGAUCGGCUCCGACUAUGUACUGUCGGAUUACAUAUUGAACUUGAGACAGAUUUACGGAGCGUCCUACACGGUUCACGAUGCGUACCUCGGAAACUACUGCGGUGCACUGGACUCCAUUGACAACGGAAUCACAUACCUGAUUGAUCAUUCGCACAUUAUCAACUCCCCGGAGCAUGCUGAUGCCGCCAUCAAAGGGCUCCAAGAUGCGAAGAUUCGAGCAACAUUCUGCUAUGCUAUGUAUCCCAAUCCACACUGGGAAGGAUCAUGUAUGGAUAAAGAACGAGAAGAGAAAACGCCAGAUUGGAGACUCCAUGAUACCAAAAGGGUCGCAGAGAAGUUUUUCAAGUCCAGCCAGCCUGGUGAUCUGUUGCGGAUGGGCUUCGCUUUGUCUGAACCUGACUUGACCCCAUUUGACCGACUCGUCCAAGAAAUCGAUUAUGCAAGAUCUAUUGGCUGUAAGGUCAUUACUGGGCACUUCAACUUCGGCAAAUGGGAUCCGGGUAAUUGCAUAAUAAGGCAGUUCGGGCAAAGAGGUCUGCUCGGAUCGGAUCUCUUACUCAGCCAUGGUAAUACCUUGCGUGAUGAUGAGCUUGAGUUUAUUGCGAAGCAGGGCUGUGGAAUAUCCAGUACGCCUGACACUGAGCUGCAGAUGGGCAUGAGUCACCCCGUAGCUUUUAAGGCUAAGGAUCGCGGCUGCAGCGCUUCUCUGGGUGUCGAUGUCUGCUGCAGUGCGCCGGCGGACAUGUUUGCGCAAAUGCGACUCCUAUUACAGGCCCAAAGACAUCUUGAGCAUGAAGCGGGAGACAGCGCGCCAUUAAAGAUGUCACGCAGCUGCGAAGAAGUACUGGAGAUCGCUACAAUGGGUGGCGCCAAGGCUGUUGGACUCGAGAAAGCCAUUGGGAGUAUUACUCCAGGUAAAAGAGCAGAUCUACUGGUCACCAGAUGUGACGCUCCUAGACUGGUUCCGGCACAUGACCCCAUUGGCACUCUUGUCUUGUAUGCCAAUGGCUCGGACAUCGACACAGUCAUGAUCAACGGCGAGAUUGUCAAGUCUGGGGGAAAGUUGACCAAUGUGGAUUGGCCGAAGCUCAGGGAGGAACUCCGCGCGUCGGUCGCCGCAAUCAUGGAAAGAUCAAAGCAGGUUCCUAUGGAAGAGGUGGAAGCCACGCGGGAUUACAUGAUCCGCUGUACAGGGGAGAGGCCAAAGUGCAAACGUUGUUUGAGAUUGAAGCAUACAUGCGUCUACAGUGUCCCCUUCAAUGUGCGACACUCGAAGCCGCAGCAACCUCUGGGCUCUGGGUUCGAUGAGAGGCGUGCUUCACAAACGCCUAAAUCAGCUCGAGAGGACAAACUUGCCACAACAACCAAUUUGACAAGCACCGCAAACUCUCAAAUUACUUUACCUGUCCUUUCGCCACAACCAGCGUUCGAAGAACGAUACAUCGGGAUACCGAAAGGAUUGGUGUCUACACUGGUUGACCUCUACUUCGAAAAUGUAUACAAUGCUCAUCUUCUGCUUCACAGAAGAUCUUUUCUCGAGGCGGUGGUCUCUGGUACCGCACGUCCGCACGUCCUUCUCGGAGUUUGCGCCUGGGGAGCAAAUUUCUACCGGGAUAACAAUGGUCAAGCUACCUUAAAGGACCAUGGCUUCAUGGUCGAAUGGGCUCAACGCGCAGGCAAGCUCGUGUUCCACGAGCUCCAUGAGCUUCACGAAGACAGCCUUGUCACAUUUGUGAACCUGAGUGUCUUCUGGCACAGCCAAGGUUCAUGGAGGAUGGCUAUUCUGCACAAAGGAAGCGCAUGCAACCUACUGUCUAUCAUAGGUGUCGGGUGUGGAACACUUCAACAGGACGCCUCAUGGGAGUCUGAGGUUCGUCGACGUCGCUGCUGGGCCACUUACCUGAUGCACUGCCACAACUCUGAGUCAUUGUCUAAUUUCCCAGUUGCGGGUAUGGAGAAGCUCGCACUCCCAUGGCCAGAAGGGGAUUUCGAAGCUCGACAUUCGAGGAGUGCUCGAGUCACUCUAGACUCCGGUGAGGGCAAUGGAGGAAUCUAUGCCGAAGUGAUCAAGGUGUUGACGCUCUGGUCAUUGGUACAUUCUUGCAUAAAGACGGCCGAAUCCAGCCUUGCCACGCAGCUCCCGGCGAUGUAUGCUCUCCAAGAGAAGUUGUCGGACUGGUGGCGCAAGUUGCCCUCCAAUAUGCGUCUGACACGGACCAACAUAUCUGCUACACCCAAACAUUUGCUGCCCAACAUCCUCCUAAUAAAUGUGGUAUAUCAUCAAUCUCUAUGCGCUCUCCAUGCCUCUAUUGUCCCUCUGUUCUGUUGGGGCGGAGUUGAUGAAAGCUGGUCGACGGCACGACAACUCUCUGCACAGCUCGCGUAUGAGCACGCCUGCACGACUUCUGAACUGCUCCACGUCGUGGCAUCAAUAUUUGACAGACUCAGCGCAAUGCCUAGCUUCAUCUGCUAUGGCGCAUAUUGUGGCUGUGCGAUACAAAUCCCAUUCCUCUGGAGCUCCAACCCAUCUGUUCGCGAGAGGGCGUACACUAACGUCAAGGCCAACAUGAAGAUGAUUGAUAUCAUGUCGAAAUACUGGAAGUUUGCCGCGCUAUUGAAAAUCUACGUUCGGUGCUUGUACAAGGGGCACAAGCAGCACCCCACGGUGCUUGAAGACGAGCCGAAAUACCUGGAUCCCCAGAAACUGACACGCUUCAAGAUGAAUGCUCCCCACGUGCAGGCUUCAAUCCUCGAAUUCAUCGGCAUCCUCUAUUCAAGGGAAGAUGGAUAUGCACAGCCAGGAGAAACGCCGGGCCUCGAGAUCGAGCACCUCGGUACCAGAGACGGAGCGCCAUCUCGCUCGUCCAUAUCAGAAGACCGCGAAGCGGACCCCGCAGAGCAAAAGGAACUUCAUCUUACGGGCGAUACGAAUUGGCCGCAACCGUUCCCGACAGUCCCAUUCACCCCAGAAGCCUUAGUACAGUAUCAACAAGAUCAAGCACAGCAGCAGCAGCAGCAGCAGCUCCCGGCUUUCUCAUCCGCAUUUUCAAACCAGCAUCAACCCGAUGCAGUCCCCCUUGAGAGCCAGACCCUGGAUAUAUUUCAGCCUCUGUUCGACCCAGAGACGAUGCUGGACCUCUUCCCGAACGGCGAGCUGCCUGACCUCUCAGCAUUUGACACGAGUCCGCUGGACUUGCGUCACUUCGAACUGGAGGGCUGGGAUGACGAUGGCACGGGCGCGAGUGCCUCCUCAGUUUCUUGGACCGCAGCUACCAACGCGAGGCUAGCGCAGAGAUAG